GGGAACAUUGGGUGAUGGACAAGAAGUUGCAAUAAAGAGAUUAUCAAGCGGAUCAAGCCAAGGGCUAGUGGAGUUCAAAAAUGAGCUUAUACUUAUAGCCAAACCGCAACACACAAACCUUGGCUCUUAGGCUUUUGCGUUCAAGGAGAAGAGAAAAUGCUUGUCUAUGACUACAUGCCUAAUAAAAGCUUGGACACUUUUAUCUUUGAUGACUCCAAAAUGAAGCUAUUGAAGGGAUAACUCGAGGGCUACUUUAUCUUCAUAAAUACUCGAGAUUGAGAAUAAUUCACAGAGAUCUGAAGUUGAGUAACAUAUUGCUUGAUGAAAACAUGAACCCCAAGAUAUCAGAUUUUGGGUUGGCCAAGAUAGACAUAACGAAUGCAGCUGGAUCAAAUACGAAACAGGUUGUCGGCAGAUAUUACAUGUCUCCUGAAUAUGCAAUGGAAGGCAUAUUCUCUGAAAAAUCUGAUGAUUACAGUUUCAGAGUUAUGGUUUUGGAAGUUGUCAGUGGUCAGAAAAAUAGCAACCAUUUUGAGUUUGAUCGUCCACUUAACCUGGUUGGAUACGCAUAGGAACUAUGGAAACAUGGUGGAGCAUUACAAUUAAUGGAUCCGGCUUUAAGUGAUUCAUGUUUUAAACGAUACCAAGUUUUAAGAUGCAUUACAUUGAGUCUGCUAUGCGUGGAAGAUAAUCCAUUGGAUAGGACAACGAUGUCUGAUGUUAUCUCUGUGCUAAUUGGAAAGAUGCAAUUGGCAUUGCCAAAACAGCCUGCAAUAAGGAUUGUAGAAACAUAUAUAGAGAGCAAAGAGGUGGAAAUUUACUCAUUGAACGGCCUAACCAUGUCUACCAUGGAUGCAAGAUGACCAAAAGACUUGUACUCAUGUUAAUUUUUAUGUUUUCCAGCCAAGAUUAUUUUUUUUUAUAUUACACCAGUGUAAAAAUUAAAGUAGACUUAUAUAUUUUCAUAACUAUUUAUAUAAUUAAUCCGGUCUAUUUAUAUUGAUCAUACAUAUAAAAUUUAAUGUAAAUUUAACUAUUUAUUUUAUAUAAAAUAUUAAUAUGUUUAAUAGACUACAUGCACAUAACAUAUAAUUGCUUAUUGACAAUUCUUUCUUUUAUGGUUAUAGGUAGGGGAAUAAAUUUACGACGUCGUAUUGCUUUUUGUACUUUGUUUUCUAAAAAAGUUUAGAUUUUUCUUUAUCGACCUAAUUGAUUAUUCUAAAAAUGGUUUGCAGCCAUCUGAUGAGCAUCAAGACAGGACCACUUGUUCAAACUUUUGAAAGUAAUAUCCUCAGCUGGACGACUUUUUUUUCCUGAUGAAAUCCUUUUCUGUAAGACUUAUGAUUGGUUAAACGAGCAGUGGUGGUGCCUUUUCUGAAAGUACAUCUGUUACAUGUGCGGCAACUAAAGCAAAGGUGAACGCUGUUUUAGGACAAAUUCCCUAAACUGCUCGGCUCAUGAAUUCCUUUCUCAGUUUCCCCAAACCCUAAGUUUCUGCUCACACUUUCCUCAUAUUUCAGGUGAUCAGAAUGGCUUCAAGUGAUAAUGGGAAUCUGAAAGAGCAAAUUGAAGAAUCCAAUGAUACUAAAACAACAGGGCAAAUUUCUCUUCACGUUUCAUCGUCACAAAAGAUGCUUCUAAACAGUGAAAACCCUCAAAGAAAGCCAUUUAUGAACUUUAUGUCUCCACCAAGUAGAUUCAAGUUUCUCAACUUUAGCUCUGCAUCUGCUAGUUUCAAGCGUUUAGCCGAAGAAAGAGAUGAGGUUUCUCGGUUGGUGGCUUCUUCAAGUGGUCAUAGGAUACGAGAACGUCUGACUGGGGUUUUUGCUAAAAAGAUUGAUUGGGUUUCUCUCAUGAAAAUGUGUAAGGAAUGGAUUAGGGACCCUAUGAAUAUGGCCCUUUUUGCAUGGAUCCUGGCUGUUGCUAUCUCGGGUGCUAUUCUGUUCCUUGUCAUGACUGGAAUGUUGAAUAAAGCGCUCCCUAAGAAGUCCCAGAGAGAUGCCUGGUUCGAAGUCAACAAUCAAAUUCUCAAUGCUCUGUUUACUCUCAUGUGUUUGUACCAUCACCCUAAGCGUUUUUACCAUCUUGUACUUCUUUGUAGAUGGAAACCAGAAGAUGUUUCCCGACUCAGAAAGGUAUACUGUAAGAAUGGGACCUAUAAGCCCCAUGAGUGGGCACAUAUGAUGUUGGUUGUUGUGCUACUUCAUAUCAACUGUUUUGCUCAGUAUGCUCUUUGUGGUCUGAACUGGGGAUACAAGAGAUCUGAGCGACCUCCUAUUGGUGUUGGGAUAUGUAUGUCAUUUGCAAUAGGUGCACCAGCAUUGGCUGGUCUUUACACCAUUGUUAGCCCUCUUGGGAAGGAUUAUGUUUCUGAAGAGGACGAGGAAGCACAGGGGGGAAUUGAUGCUGGUGAAAUUAGAUCAGAGCAUUCAAGACGAAAAUCAUUCGAGAGGAGAUAUUCAUUUGCAUCCGGCGAGGGAGAAAGAAUUGUUGAAAGCAGACCGCUCUGGAGUGGAGGGAUACUAGACAUCUGGGAUGACAUUUCUCUAGCAUAUCUUUCUGUUUUUUGUACCUGUUGUGUGUUUGGGUGGAACAUGGAGAGGCUCGGUUUCGGGAACAUGUAUGUACAUAUUGCUACUUUUCUCCUGUUUUGUAUGGCUCCAUUCUGGAUUUUCAAUUUGGCUGCUGUGAAUAUCGAUAAUGAGACUGUCAGAGAGGCUCUUGGUUUUACCGGAAUUGUUCUUUGUCUGUUUGGUUUAUUAUAUGGUGGCUUCUGGAGGAUUCAAAUGAGGAAGAGAUUUAAUUUGCCAGCUUACAAGUUUUGUUUCGGACAUCCAGCAGUAGGUGAUUGCACGCUAUGGCUAUGCUGUUGUUGGUGUGCCCUUGCUCAGGAAGCACGCACCGGGAAUUCUUAUGAUAUUGUAGAAGAUAAGUUCUUAAGAAAGCAAACAAACAAUGGUAACGAGGUGCGAAUGUCACCUUUACCUCGUGAACAAGGGAUUGUACGAUUUAGUUCUGACCCUAGUUCUUUGCUCGGGUAUGGUUCUAGCCCAACCACGAGAUUUACAACCAAUUCUCCAAGUCCCAGAAUGAUUUCAAAGGAAUAUUAUAGCCCUGACCGACAGCUUUCUACAGUGAAAGAAGAGUUUUCCAUAGCAGUUAAAGAUGAAACUAUGAUUCCACCUAGUCCGUCAUCGAUGACACAGAGAGAAGAAACAUAAUCGUGGAAAUUGACCAAUGAAUUGAAAUACAUUAUAUAAAUUUCACAUUUUCUCAUACUUCCUCAUUUCUUUUCCAUUUUUGGGGUGAAUAUGUAAGUAAAUUUUGGACUACAAUGAUGUUGUGGAGAUAUCUUUUUCUUAGCAGCAUUAGUUUUCAAAUGAUACUGCAAAUUUAGUUUAUGAGUGUAAAUUGUAACUUUGAUUCCUAUCCUUGGCAUUAGCUUUACGAAGCAAUCUAAAGCUCAAGGGCAUUUUCCAAA